CCCCCGCCCACCCAACCCUACCACCCAACCCUUCUAUCCCCCGUAACGGAAGAAUCACGGAGACGAAGCUCCCCGACAUUCAUGUCGCAUUCUCGUUGCCUGUUUGAGAGAAUUCUUCGAAGAUGACUUCGGUUUGGAAGCGACUUCAGCGUGUGGGCAAGAAGGCGUCUAAGUUUCACUUCGCGGCUUCAUUUCAACAACUGCUGCUCGAAAGCUCCAGUAAAUGGCAACCAGACAAACUGAGGGUGGUGUGGAUCAGAAGAAGCAGACGUCACAGCACGAAGCUCCACAGUUGGCAGCCAGGGAUUCAGAACCCCUACAGAGGUUUGGUGCUUUGGCAGGUCCCAGAGAGUUUGGACAUCACCGUUACACUCUUCAAGGAGCCGACUGCAGAGGAGUUUGAGGACAAAGAUUGGACUUUUGUUCUUGAAAAUGAGACAAAAGGGCGGAGGAAGGUGUUGGCCUCAGCUGACAUCAACAUGAAGAAGUAUGCCAGCGCCACGCCGGCACACUACGAACUGACGCUCAAGUUGAAACCUCUGUCGGUGAAAGUGAAAGAGGCCACGCUCAAGCUGAACUUGUCCUGCGUCUUCCUGAAGGAGGGAAAAGCCACCGACGAGGACAUGCAGAGUUUGGCCAGUCUGAUGAGUUUCAAGCAGAGCGACGUCGGCAAUCUGGCCGAUUUUAACGACAGUGACGAGGAAGUGGGCGAGGAAAGGAGGGCGAGCUUCGGAUCUGGACAAGCGACGCCUGCCGCUGCAAGAAUACGUGACCUGGCUUGGAGGCCUGCAACCGAAUCUGUCCCAAAUUCGAGCACAGAGAUGGGUCGCACGAGGUCCUCGGGCGCUUGCGCUUCCAUCUCUGUUGCAUCUCGGCCUGUUGUGCCCGAACCCCAGCACCCGCCCAUCCCGACGCCCACCCAUCAGACCCAGCCCUCCCUCUAUGCCUACUCACUGCCAGCCUUCACACAAGCUCACCCUCCGGCACUUCCCAAAAUUUUCCAGCCUGGUUCUGGAUCAGCUGCCAGAGGGCCUCCCACUAAAGGAGAUGCCCAGGCUCUCCCCACCUUCAGUCCCUCUAAAGCCCUCUGCUAUUCACCGCCUGAGUCCUCUUCCGUCCCUUCCGCCUUAACAAGUAGCUCGCAAACAGCUCCUUCCCUUCAUUCACCUGCUUCCUCAGCUCCACUCAGCGCCUGUCCUCCAUUUCCUCUGCGCCCCACUGCUCCCAGAAAGCCUCAGGUGGUGGAGACGCGAACCAGACCCACCAGUCUCCCCUCCGCCCCAGAGACAGCUUCCUGGCAGACUGAAUGGAGGCCUCCUAAAUGUCAAGUCCCUCUCGCACAGCCCGCUCUCUCCCCCGAGUUCCUACAUCCGUCUGUGGACGAUCCCGGGCGGCCUGCUGUGGCGCCCAAAAGACAGAGAAUAGACAUGCCAUCUUCAUCCUGCCUGCCCGUCGUUGGCCCUCCUUUCCAGCAAAAACACGGGGGGCGUUCUGGAUUUGCUCUUCCGCGGAGAGCCCCGGCACCUGUCGGUAUAACUGACACCCGCUCGUGUCCCUCCAUAGGUCCUUUCUCUUCUCUUCCUCCUUUUCAGACUCAUUUAUUCCACAUUGACUCCCCAAGUGGCCAAAAUGCAGAAUUCCAGAGACAGUUGAGCACACUGAGUGAAGAGGGGCAGCAGUGUACAACACCCACAAGUCCUGAUCCCAAAGUCGCUGCCGGCCAGGGCUUAGCAUCUGGGGCUAGGGAUGCAUUAUUUGGAAUCAAAGUUGUCAAAGCGUCCGCAGGAAACACAGAUGGCCGAAUACCACAUUUAAUCACUGACAUGUCACUGUCAGAUAAGAGAAAUGAAAACAUGGUUUCAGUGCAGCCAUCAUGCCAAAUGGAAAGUGUUCCUGGGCAGGAGGUACUAGAGCAAUAUCCCACAGAAAGGAUCAGUCUAUGUGAGGAUCUACCAAAGGCAUCGACAGAGUUUACUGGCGAUGUGGCGACUACUGAAGAAAUUCUCAAUCCACUGUCGUCGGUCUCGUUCACAAGUUCCUCCUCUGAUGAUGAAGUGAAGACUGCGAUGAGAAGUAUGAUGGCCAUACUUGACUGUGACACUAAACAAUCCAGUGAAUGUUGGAAUCGGAGUAUGGUGGAUAUGCAUCCCUGUUGCCCAAUCAUCUUCGACAUGUCAAAUACGAUCAACCUCCUGCCAUCCCUUCCGGCCACAUCCAGCAUUGCUGGUAUUCCAUCUUUGCUCAACGCUGACACCAGAGACUGGGACAUUAUUGGAAUUCACCACUCAUUAUGGAAGAGAGGAAAUAAAAAUGGGUCUGAAUUAAUACUGGAGAACGACAAAAUGCACAAAUAUUUGAAAGGAGCUAGUUUGCUUCUUCAGUGUUGUCCAAAAGAAUCCAGCAUUCCUGGUUGUCCUUCUGUGCAACAACCGAGACGCUUGACAGCUGAUCAACUCGAUGAGCCCGGUAUGGUUCAUCUGUCGAGGUCAUGUUCAAAAGCGUCACGAAUCCCGGGAUUCGCAUCACUUGAUGACACAAGAGAAUGGACCGUCAACAGAAAGCGACUCCUUCAGCCCAGAACGGCUGAAAGGAAGACAUCGUUGAUUGGAAGGUUUCACAAAGACGAGAGAGCAAUGAAGACAAUGGCUUCCCUUGUACCGUCCUGUCCAAAAGAGGCAUUGACACCAGGAUUCCCCACUCAUCCAACACCAACAACUGCAUAUUGUGCACCAAAUAUUAUAAGCCUCUAUACAUUAUGCUCCCGUGUUUCAAACAUUCCCGGUUUUGCAUCAGUUGAUGAAAGUGAGAGCAUUGGAUGGGUGAUGGGAAAUGAGUCAUUGUCGAAGGAGGAGGCCAAUAAGGGCUUCAUACGGGACAUGACAAAUGAGCACAAAAUUAAAUGGAAAAACAUGAAUUCUCUUGUACCAUCUUGUCCUAAAGCAUCAUGUAUAACUGGCAUCCCAUCCAAUCCACAUCCCAGAGAGCUAUAUUAUUGCUCAAAUAUAGUAAACCUGCUUCCUUUGUGCCCUCAAGUUUCUACUGUUCUUGGAUUCUCAUCAAUUGAAGAUAACAAGAAAAGAUGGAUUGCUAAGCAGGGUUCAUUGAUUCGCAAACCACAAAAGAACAUAAAGGUAAAAAUUAACUGUUUGCCAGUCGACCAAGACAAAGCAAACGACAUGUUUGCCAUUGCACCUUCUUGUCCAGAAGCAUCCAAAAUCCAAGGGCUUCCCUCAGCACCUCAAACCAAAUCCAAGGUUGAACCGAACAUCAUCAAAUUGGUACCUUGCUGCCCAAGGUCUUCAUGUCUUAAAGGAUUUGCAUCCGUUCCUACAACCCCAAUUGUAGGGUGGCUACAUGAAAGAAACCCUGUCAUAAGAACACCUCAGAGAAAGUGCGCAGAGAAGAUUGUAACACUUGCUGGACAGAAGCAAAACGGGAGCAGUAUGGCAAAAAUGAUAACAUCAUGCCCCAAAAAGGCGAGACUCCGUGGAUUUCCGUCUGCUCCCAUUCCGAACAAACCACCAGAAAUUGUCAGCUUAUACUCAACUGCUCCAUGUGUUUCCUGUACACCUGGUUUCCCAUCAGCAAGGAUGCUUAGCUUUGAACCUUUGAAUACACAAAACCAUUACUCGUGCAAGAAGACCUUGUGUGUGGACCUGCAGAAGUGCAAGACGUUUCUCAUUACUGAAUCCCUUGAAAAUUAUCAACAUGAAGAAAUUAAGCACAUGGUAUUAAUAGCGCCAUCAUGUUCGCAUCAGACUAAAAUUCCUGGAUUACCAAGCAUUUCUGUCCUGAAUACAACAUGGAACAAAACUCACCAGUUGCCUGCUGCCACUGUGUUGCCAAAUCACCCAGAAGUCAUUCAUGGCAGUGGUACCAGCAGAGCACUUGCAUCUGAGGGUAGAUACAGCGGCAUUACAAGUCACAGCACCGAACCUUCAUUAGAUAAUGACUUAACAAAUAGAGUAGCAGCAGAGGAGGCCCAAACACAGACGAAAGAUGGGGACACAUCGGAGCCCGAUGUCAUCUUAGGCUGGGAAUUACUGGAGGUAGAGGGAACGAUUGAAAAACCGAGAGAAUCUUCGCCAUCAGCAAAUGAGGACGCGACUCCUGGAAUAGUACAAACUAUUGUGGGUGUUUUCCAUAAAGGUUAUGAAACAGUAGCGUCCAUUUUGGGGCCAUCCAGUUCAGCGGUGUCUGAGAAUGAAGUCCAACUGAAGGCCGACUCGGCUUUGCCUCCAAGAGAACAGACUGUAAUCUCCUCACGUGAAGACUUACCUUAUCGUGAGGAAAUAGGCAAGGUCAUUCCUUUAGCUGAGCAGUUUGAGGACAAUCGCCUGGGAGAGGAUCAAGUGGUACUGCCAUCACCACCUUCAGAUGGUGAUGAUGGGUUUUUGGUUUGUGUGAGUAUGAAGAAAUGGCCACCGCUGACCGCUGCAGAUAUUACUGAGCUGUCAAUGGACGUUCAACAUGAGAAACAGGAGGUUUUGUGUGAUCAAUGUCAUACAAGUGAGCAGAACUCCGCAAACACGUCAGUGUGCAUUGACAGUUUGUCAGUAAGUCACCAGAAUGCCAAACAAAAUGAGGUCGAAACCUCGUCCAAAUUCGAUCCUGGUCCCCAGCAAUCAAGCACUGAUGCAAUCCCCCUACAUCCUACAAUAAGUGAACUGUUGACAGAUGCCAAACCAAACCCAGAGAUACUCUUGGACAAAACCUUAGCUGAUCCGUAUCUUUGUACGGUUGAACCACAAGCACAGGUCACAACCUCUCAGCGAGACACAAAGGUUCCAGCAAUUCAACAAAUAGAAUUUGAACCAGAACAAGCCACCGUUUUACAGCAGCUGGACGACAGUCAAAAUUUGGAUGGAUUGUCUGUCCUUCGUGAGGUGGCUCCAAACCACUCCUGUGAGAUAAUUCUUACUCAACCUGUAAAGGACCUUUCCCUCUCUUCUUGUAGUAGCAUUGCUGUCGCUGGAGAUGGAAGCGUUCGCUCUCUACACACAACUGUCAGUGAAGAAAAAAUGGAUAAUGUCCCUCCUGAUGUAGAAAAAAGAGAUUCCCUGAGCACAUCUCUGACAACAAAAGACCGUGUCACCACUGAAAAACAAACACUUCCUGCUCUACCAGGAAGCGAAAAGGUCCAAACCAUCAAACAACGUUCUUUUGUGGUUGAUCUAAUAGCAGACACAAAAUAUGACCAAGAUGCAACUAUACCAGUCCAGGCCUCUAGUCAAGGACCCUUCUUAGAAACAAGGGAACAUGAAAGCUGUGUGGCAUUAAAAGCAGAGCCACAGGGAGAUGCUGUUGAGCAACAUGCACCCCUGUCAAUUAUCCAAAAGAUUGGCAUGAAAGGUCCUUUGAGAAAGCAACCCAUCCCAAAGCCUCGUGUGAGGAAAUGUGCCAGCGGUUCUUUCUCAGACGAUAUCACGGGAGAAGAGGCCCAGGCGGGAGGCCAGGCUGGCCUUCUUCUGGAUCAUGACGACAGGAUACUGAAAGAGCAAAUCGUAGCCGUACGCUUGAGGAAAAGCAGACUUCAUGUCGAGGAUGGUACAACGCGACCCUCAAACUUGCCUGUAGCAAAACCAAGAGUUAAGAAACGUCUCAGUAGUUCGUUCCCAGAUGAUACUGCAGUUUCUUGCUCACCACGUACUUCCUUGUCAGACACAAUAACUGACACGUCUGGGCAAGAGGUGAAUCACCACAAUGAGCAGGCGAGCUUCCCUGUUCCGCUACCUCGAGUCAGGAAACAAGCCGACACGACUCUUUCCAAAAGUGCACCAGCUGCAGACAUCUUAUGUCCUUCAUCUCAACGAAAGCCAGAGGCUACACGUACCUCCUACGCCUCCUACAAGGCAGCAGACGACGGAUCUUCAAUACUGGAUUCAGUUGUCACCUCUGAAAAGUGUUCAUUUACAAUUGAUCAUGGCAAUGGAAAGGAUUUUGCACCUCGUUACACGGCAGAAAGGAGCGAUGCGGAGAAGCAGUCGGAUGAACUGGUCAAAGGUGGAACCCUAACAGACGCGCCUGUCCCGAUGAAUAAGUCCUUCACGUGCGCGAUUACAUCUGCUCAGGGUGACUGGUUACAAGUAGGAGAUGGCGGUGGCAGUAAAUCAGCGGAUCUGAAGAAAAAAGGCUCGGAGUGCAGCUUUUUGUCCGUAGAUGUUGCCGCCGGUUGUUCAGAGGAAGACGGAAGCAGUUCACACGUGGACAAAAAUAAUACCCAAGGGCUUGGUUUCCACCAAACACUGACUCCAACAAAACAUGAAGAUGGGUUGGCAUCUCCAGACAAUUUUUCAGGAAGUCAAAACCUGGUGACUUCCAGUCAGUCUCUACUGGAGUGGUGCAAGGAGGUCACUCAGGGUCACAAGGGACUGAAGAUCACCAACUUCAGCACCUCCUGGAGGAACGGUCUGGCUUUUUGUGCCAUCUUGCAUCAUUUCCACCCAGACAAGAUUAAUUAUGAAUUAUUGGACCCCUAUGACAUCAAGCACAACAAUAAAAGGGCCUUUGAUGGUUUCGCCGAGCUCGGCAUUUCCAGGCUGAUGGAGCCUUCAGACAUGGUCAUGCCGACUGUGCCCGAUCGCCUCAUUGUCAUGACGUAUCUCAGCCAGAUUCGCACUCAUUUUAUGGGCCAGGAGCUAAGCGUUCUUCAUAUCGAGAAAGACGCCAGGGAGUCCAGCUACGCGGUCACGGCAGACUGGGAGAGCGAAGAGGACCCCCAGGCCGCUGUUCGCUACUGCACCCAGAGGCUUCAAGAGGAGGGCAUCGGUCUGGAGACGAACGGCUCCGUUAGCGCAGCACGCGACGGCGAAGGCGAUGCGGAUGCAGCUCCGCCGUCCAGAAACAAACGGGCGCAGGCAUCCGGGGCUGGGGGUGCUCAGUCGCCGGUUGCACCGCCGAGGACUCACUUCGCGUCCAAGUGUGGGUUCUCUCACGUCAAAGACGCCGAUCUGGUCAAGAAACGCAGGUCUCAGCGGAAGAGUGCGUCUGAGGAGGAUGGAGACACAUCCGUGACUGUUGCGGAACAAGAAGACAGCGGAAGUGUCACAAUCGAGACAACAGGGACACUGGGCGAGGUGGGAAGACGAGAAGGCCAGGACCCCAGCCAGUAUGUACUCAGUCAGAUGGAAGCCCUGGAAGCGGAACAAAACCACAUCGACACCAGAGCUGCGGUCGUCGAGAGGAAACUCCGACAACUCAUGGAAACGAGCAGUGACAAGGCGGAGGAGGAAAGGUUGAUUCAGGAAUGGUUCACACUGGUCAACAAGAAGAAUGCGUUAAUUAGAAGACAGGAUCACCUGCAGCUGCUGCUGGAGGAGCACGAUUUGGAAAGGAGGUUUGCGCUGUUAACCAAAGAGCUACGGGACAUAAUGGCCCUUGAAGAGUGGCAGAAGACGUUGGCGCACAAACGAAGGGAGCAGCUGCUGCUGCAGGAGCUGGUGUCACUGGUCGACCAGCGGGACGAACUGGUGCGCAACAUGGACGCCAAGGAGAAAGGCGCUCUGGAGGAGGACGAGCGCCUGGAACGAGGCCUGGAGCAGCGACGGAGGAAGUACACCAAACAGCAGAAGGAGAAGUGUCUGAUGCAGUGAAUUUUUUGUUUUGUUUUUUUUUGUAUUUAUUUUUUUUCACCGUGGAUGGGACGUCCCGAUUCAGGGCGCGAGGUGUGACACUCAAUGUCAUUGCCAAAGAUGAUCGUUACUUCUUUUAUUUAAAGUCUUGUUCAGGAGAACUGAUAGCGAGUUCUAAUGAGACGGGAAGUGUUCGUCAGACUUUCAUGGCGCAACGUAAGUUUACAGACUCCUAAUGGGAUCUGGCUUACCAACAUAUUGUGUCUUGUUACUUUUUCAGCUUUUUAAAUCAGGUUUUAAUUGACGGGCUACUUGUAGGGCAAAGUAGCGGACUCUCGGUUUCGUCCCGUUAGCACUCCUCUGGAAAUGUAUGUUCAGAAUGAUACAUUUCUUAUUAUUUGUCAUUUUUCCAAAUGAAUCUUCUAUUCAGUUCAGCCAUAUCUGUUGCUUUCUGACAAUUAUAUGAAAUAUGCUAUGCACUGAUUUUCCUCUAUUCGAGUAAAAAGUGAUGUUGGAAACGCUCACCCAAAAAAAUUGAAUUUUAUCCCCAAAGUGAUGUUACAGUUGUAUGUGUUACAUAAUAGACUAACUUUAUUUUUGACUGUCUUGUUACUGAGAGAUGUUUAAAAAUAGGAGCUCCUUCCUUUUUAAAUGUGCCUUUAUUCUGGAUUUUGAAAGUUACAAAAAUAUACAGAUAUAUACACAUAUAUAGAUAACUGUUAACAACUUACCACAUUAAAGUGUAUUACUUUAGCAGUGAGCCACCGGAAUCAUUUUACUGUUGCCAACAGGAUGAAUUUGGUUCAAAGUCAUCUUUAAUUUAUUGGAUUUAUCGGAGCUUUUACUAUUUAAUCUGUGUCGCCUGCAGAACUUCAGCUGUCUUUUUUUUUUUUUUUUUUUUUGUUCCUUCUUUUAACCAAAAAUGUACUUUUGUUCUUAUUGGUGUGCCUGCGUCGUGCUGCAUUGCACGUUAAGAGUUACAUAGGAACUUUGUAUUCACAGGAAACGACACAUUAUGCAUUUUCGAGUCAUCCUAUAAACUAAUAGCAGCUGAUUAAAGCAUGCAAGUCAGGAUUCAUGGAAAUAAGAUUUGGUGGUGACUGCACGAUUGAAAUGAAAGGUAGCAGAAAUAUUGGUUUUGUUCAGAAAGAAUCUCAACGGUGUGACUUUUAGGAAACGGAACUGACUGUUGUGUUCAUGUGACAUUUGCCGAGUUUGAAAAGCCCUAAAUCUGUUGCUGCAUUAAAAAGAGUCGCAAACAUGCUUUGUGCGUUCACUUUGUCCACAAUUGUGAAAAUGAUUGGCGCACAAAUUUACAAAAUAGUUGUAGGAUUUGUUCGUAUUCUGCUGCCACAGUAACUAUCCAGAUGGAUUUGCUUUAAGGAUGCGACUAAAAACUUGGCAAUCUAUCAUAUUGGUGUGUGUAGUAUCUUUUUUUUUUUUUUUAAUGCAGUUGAAUUAUUUGAGCUAUGGGAAGGAUCACGAUGAUGAGCAGAACCCACGGGCCCGAUCUCAAGGAACUGGGUGAGAAACUGAAGGCUCUUUUGUCCCAGUUGCCUGCCCUGGAGACCAGCCAGGAGCCCAGUUAGAUCAAGCUUGGAGGCUGCAGCUGCUGCCUCAAUGGAUUAACACGAGUGCAGUGAAAAUGUCAAUUCGUCCAGUCCAAUGGACAUGGAGGAGGAACUUGAAAUCUAUUUGACUGGAUUAUUAUUAUUUUUAUUUUUUUUUCGCAAUUGAAGUGAUGACCUUCUAAAUUAGCUGUGUAUUUCAAAACAAGACGGCAUCGUUGAAGAGAGCAAGCCAUUAUCAACACUAUACUGGUCGAUCAUUUGUAAAAAGAACACAACUGACCAAUGGUAUUGAUUUGUGGAAAAAAACAUUAAGUGGACCAAAUUUGGACGAAUGAGGUUUCGGCCCGACACCUAUUGUAUCAUUUUGCUUGACCUAUUGUAAAGUGAAAUUUGUCCUGCAAAAUAAAAAUGUUAUUUUCCUCA